UUAUCUCGCCUGGCCACAUUGCGCUCGUGUUCCGCUCCCCAUACUGAGCGGGCACGCUGGACGAAAUGAGGAAUAACUCAAACCUCACUUCCAGUUCCACACUGCACUUCACCACCACUAAAAAAAAACUCAGACAUGGAUGACCCACUCACAAAAUGGCUCCACUUUCACACUAGCAUCAACAACACGUUGGGAACGUGUGGUGUUGUCGACAGCUGAUUUAUAGAGAGACAUUUCAUAGGAUAUAACUGCAACGUGAUGAAAUGAUGGAAAAAAUGAAGCUGGAGCUUUGUCCUGGAAGUCCCGGUGCCAAAUCGUGCAGCCCGCUGAAGCAGGAUUCCAUCAGGGAGAAUGGAUGCCAAGACCUGGAGGACUCGAAGGAGGGGAACUUCACUGGGGAAGGGGUUAAGACAGAUGACGCGCCUCUGCGGAACACGCGCAACGGGACCAUCAUCCUCAACGGCGUUGCCAAGGAAACCGCUUACGACGCCCUUGACCUGAAAAGGGAAGUACCAGUGAUCGAGCUCUUGAGGAGAGACGAUAUAAAGACGGGACAGCAGAGAACCGAGAGUCACACAGUACCGAUCACGGAGCUUCGCAGACCACCAGUGCCGUUGCCGCUGCCACACCGAGACGCGCUGAUCGACGCUCGAAUGGUUCAGCUGAGCCCAAACGCGUUCCCUCUCCCGGCGCGAGCGAUGCUCUUCAAUUUGGCGCAACCUCUCGCUGCCAUCAACAGUCUUGGAGGGGAGUCGGAACAGUACGGCAUGUACCCCAGCAACAGGGUAAAGCGCCGUCCUGCGCCUUACGAGGUUGAGCUCGACGAGGGUAGGCGCAUUUUAGAUCUUUAUAAGUAUGCUGGCCAACCAAAGAUCGUACGGCGGAUCUUCACCAACAGCCGGGAGCGUUGGCGGCAGCAGAACGUCAACGGGGCGUUCUCCGAGCUCCGCAAGCUCAUCCCCACCCACCCUCCGGACAAGAAGCUGAGCAAGAACGAGAUCCUGCGUCUGGCCAUGAAGUACAUUAGCUUCCUGUCCAACCUGCUGGAUGACCAGGACGGAGGGGCCACCGUGGGCGUGGAUGACGGGACAGGGCUGCUGGUGGGGGGCCGUGAGGGUGGACACCAGGGGCCCCGUCAGGAUGUGGUGGGACUGGCCACUGAGGACGACCUCCUCCUCCAGGGCACGUUGUCACCCGGGUCCAGCUGCGGGAGUCUUCCAGAUGGGGACGGCAGCCCCGAGAGCUUCACCGAGGACCAGGACUCACCUUCAGCCCCGAGAACUGUGCCAGUCCCGCGCGGUAGGGACCUACGACGCAAUGCACGGCCACAAGAUGGUGGCAGCCAGCGAUGAUAAUAGUGGUGGUGAUGGUGGUGAUGUGAUGUCGGUGAUGACGAUGGUGGUUACGGAGUUGAUUGACUUAUGUCCCCGAAAGAGGGAUGACUCAAAUAUGGAUGAGUGUGAGAAGGGCCCUAGCAUCUCUGAGCUCUAUCUAAAGAACGGUGCUUCAGGUUCUGGGAGCAUGCUGAUGUCAGAAUUUCACUUAAUCAGGAUUCUAAGGUCCUUUUUGGUCCCUUUUUGGUCAGUUGGUUAACAAAAUGAAAGACUUGUAAAUGAUGCAUGCUUCAUGCUGUCUAGGACCUUGUUUGAGGAACACCUCAUAUUUCCUGCAUUAUGAAUGUUCAAAUACAGUGUGCUUCUGUUACACUAUCAUGUCAUGAGUAUACAUCCUAUGUCAUCAUCAUAAAAGUAAUUGAUGCCAUGGUACCAUGAGGCGACGCAAUGGAGGGUACACCAGGAAAUGGCAAUAGAAAUGCCAUAAAGCUCUCACCUUGGGUUAAGAAAAAUAUCAAACUUUGCCAGUUGUCAAUGAGGGGCAUUUUAACUGUUAUGAAAGUUUACGACAACAACAUAACUGUUUCACUGAUAGCAAUGGCUUGAUGCCAAAUCCUCACAAAAAAAUACACAUUUAAUCACACAUUGAAGACCAUUAUCAUUUGCUUGAAAUUGUGUUAUCUUUAGUAAGGAUUUAGCACUCUCAACACAUGAUCAAACAUGUACAUAUAGCAUUAGCCUACCUUCCAAAAUAUUUUGACAGUGGUUCAUGUCAAGUGAUGUGAUUAGGCAGUUUGAUAUAGUGGCCUAUAUUUUAGACAGGGUUUUCAGCCAGGUGGCUUUUUGAGAAGGAUUCUGCUCUGUGCUCCUGAUUACAUACUACUUAUUCAACAGUGGGUGAACAACAUGUCAACUAGAAAAUGAAUGACAAACACAUAUAAUGAUAUAACAAAUGUGGUACCUUAUUUAUUUAUUUCUGUCACACAUAACUGAUUAGCAUUGAGUAAAAUACCACAGAGUAACAUGGUAAUUGACCAUUAAACACACACACACACAUACACACACACACACACACACACACACACAUACAUAUAGAGUACAAUCUAUGUGAACAAUUUUGAUUUCUGAGACACGUACCUAAGCAUGUAGAUGGACAUAUGUGCGACGAGGUAGCUAGCAAGCACAACUACCACAGGUUUAAACAUUUUAAAUGAAUCCUGUCAAGAGGUACAAAUAGUAUUUCUGUAACUGAGGUCCAAUGAAAUCAAAUGCUCACUUCCAACCAUUUUGUAUAUUAUAAAUAUCAAUUUUAAUGUUUUUCUCACUGUAUUGCAGUUGUGGUUUGGUAUGGUACACUAAGUAUAUCACCUCCUAAAUACGCCCUCCUUCUCUGUUGGAAUUAGCCACGACACAAGCAGUUUUAUGUCAGUAAACGGUGAGGUGUACAUC